CAUCAAGGGCGUCCCGUGCCGCAUCAUGUGGUCGCAGCGCGACCCGUCGCUCCGCAAGUCGGGCGUGGGCAACAUCUUCGUCAAGAACCUAGACACGUCCAUUGACAACAAGGCGCUGUACGACACGUUCUCGCUGUUCGGCAACAUUCUGAGCUGCAAGGUUGCCAUCGACCACACCACGGGCGCCAGCAAGGGCUACGGCUACGUGCACUACGAGACGGCCGAGGCCGCCACGGAGGCCAUUGCCAAGAUCAACGGCAUGCUCAUUGCCGGCACGGAGGUCUUCGUGGGCCACUUCCAGAAGCGCCAGGACCGCCCGGACGCCGACGACUGGACCAACUGCUACGUCAAGAACAUCCCGACCCAGUGGACGGACGCCGACCUGCUGAAGGAGUUCGAGCCCUUCGGAAAGGUGCUGAGCGCUGUGGUCAUGAAGGACAACGCCAACCCGGAGCAGAACCGUGGCUUCGGCUUCGUCAACUACGAGGACUCGGAGGCCGCCCACAAGGCCGUGGACGCCCUGAACGGCAAGUCGUACCCCGCCGGCGAGGGCGUGGAGACCGAGCUGUACGUCGGCAAGGCCCAGAAGCGCUCGGAGCGCGAGCGUGAGCUGCGCAACAAGUUCGAGCAGCUCAAGAUGGAGCGCAUCAACAAGUACACGGCUAACGCUCGCAACCACCCGGCUCGCGAUGUCCCGCCCCAGGGUGUGAUGCCGCCUGCCGCCCCCGUGCAGAACGCUGGCCCCGAGCCGCUGACGUCGGCUGCCCUGGCCGCCGCCUCGCCGGAGAUCCAGAAGAACAUGAUCGGCGAGCGUCUGUACCCGCUCAUCCACCGCCAGCAGCCUGAGCUGGCCGGCAAGAUCACGGGUAUGCUGCUGGAGAUGGACAACGGCGAGCUGCUGCACCUGCUCGAGAGCCCGGAGGCCCUGGAGGCCAAGAUCUCGGAGGCUCUUGCCGUGCUGGAGGCCCACCAGGGCUAAGUCGUUGGCCAUUGGCCAUCGGCUUGCGCGGGCGUCUUGCAGGAUCGCGUGUUUGGUCAUACUCGGUUCGGCAAGGCGGCAGCGGGCUUCCUUUGCGUACGCAGGGAAGUAGAGAAGGAGAGGUUCGGUGAGUUGCGGCUCCUGCUUUUUGUGUCGUCGAUGUUGAGCGGUUGCUUUGGUCGUCGUUGCUUGGAUGGUUGGUGGAAGGAAUACACUGAGAAUAUGCUCAAGAUCACGGGGAAGGCACAAUUGGUG